AUGCCGGAAUUUACCGCUUUCAAAGGCUCACCGAAUGGGGAGGUCGUCGAAUGUCGCGUUCAGCAUCCUGACCCGAAGGAGAACGAAGUACUCGUCCAGAUCACUCAUUCCGGUCUUUGUGGAACCGACGAACACUACAAAUGUGCCGACAUUGUGCUCGGACAUGAAGGGGCUGGGGUUGUCAAAGCAAUCGGCAGCAAAGUGACUUUGCUGAAGAUAGGAGACCGUGUAGGCUGGGGAUACGGACACGGCAGCUGUCGCCAAUGCAAGUACUGUCUGCGCGGCGAGGAGCUAUACUGCAAUGAACGACAGAUCUACGGCGAAAGCAACACCAACCAAGGAUCCUUUGCAGAGGCAGCUAUCUGGCCGGAAGACUUCCUGUCUAAAAUCCCCGAUGAAAUAUCCAACGUCGAAGCCGCUCCCUUGAUGUGCGCCGGAAGUGCCGUGUUCUCGCCACUGCGUAAAUUCCGCGUUGCGCCGACCGAGCGCGUGGGCGUGAUUGGGGUCGGUGGCCUAGGACAUCUUGCGAUUCAGUUCGCUGCCAAAAUGGGCUGUCAAGUGGCGGUGUUGUCCAGAACAGAGUCUAAACGGGCUGAAGCGUUCGCCCUCGGGGCCUCUGAGUUCCAUGUUUUCUCGGAUUCCCCUCCCGUGCUGGAGCCUCUGGAUCAUCUGCUUGUCACGUCGUCGAAGCAGCCGAACUGGGAUGCUGUUUUCCAGAUCAUGGCUCCCGGGGGCACCAUCUAUGCUCUUACGGUUGAUAUGCAUGAGAUGAAGGUCCCGUAUCUGCCAUUGGUUAUGAAGGCUCUGCGCAUUCAGGGAAGUCUCCCUGCGACGCGGGGUAGCCAACGCGAAAUGUUAGAUUUCGCUGCCCGUCACUGUAUACAGCCUAUCAUGAUGACAUUCCCGUUAAGCAAAAGCGGAAUUGAGAUGGCGAUGGAGACACUUCGGGAAGGAAGAAUGAGAUACAGAGGUGUUUUGGUCCAUGGCUCGUAA